UAUUACUCUUGUUCCAAACCCAACCACUGACUUGUCCUUCAAUUAUUAUAUAUUAUUAACACAUGGGGAUGUUAAAUUACACGAUCCCAGUAAAGGUGUGUGGUUGAUGGAGAUGGAGUACCCAGAAAACUACUGCUACAGAAGCAGCAGCAGCGUGUGUGAGAUAGAGGAGGAAGAGGACCACAAACCCACUCUUCAGAAGAAAGAAGAAGAAGACAAAGAAGAACAAGACUGUGUUUACGUUGCAGUGGGUAAGAGCAACACAAGCAUGCACGCUCUCUCAUGGACACUUAACAACAUGGUUACUCAAUCUACCACCAUUUAUCUCAUUCAUGUGUUUCCUCAGAUCAAACACAUUCCAAAUCCACUGGGAAUAGGAAUGGUUCCAAGGAAUGAAGUGAGUGUUGAGCAGGUGGAGAGUUAUGUUGAGCAAGAAAGAAGCAAAAGGAGAGAGCUCCUUCAGAAGUUCCUACAAUCAUGCUCUUCUUCCAAGGUUAAGGUAGACACCAUCCUGAUUGAAAGUGACACAGUUGCAAAGCCUAUCCUCGACCUCAUUCCGAUUCUUCAGAUAAAAACUCUAGUCAUUGGAGCCAACAAAUUCCAUCUAAGAAAAUCAAAAUCAAGGAAAGGGAAUAACAGUGUUGCUGAUGAGAUACUGCGGAAUUCACCAGAAAGUUGCAAGGUGAGAAUUAUAUGUGAAGGGAAGGAAGUAAAUGAGCAGAUGAUGAUUUCACCCCCUAACCAUACUUCCAUGACUACCCAAAACAAAGAAGAUAAUCAUGAUUCAGUUUCAUGCAUUUGUUUCAUACCCAAGUUCAAAUGAUUACCCUGUUUCAUUACUUUGAAUCAUUCAAUUACUUUGUAGUUCAUUCUGUGAUCCCAGUUUGUGAGAAGAUGAACGGAAAUUUCUAUUAUUGUUAAAA